AUGAGCCGUAGCCGGCGGUCCUCGUUUGGGCACCAGCACUAUCAGCAGCAGUUUAGCGUCACCCCGACCAUCAACUAUGACGAUGGGUUGUGUGAUGGGUCCGGCGCACCCGGGCUGGUCCCGACCGUUGCCACAUCGUCCUCGCCGUCUCGGUUUAGCGAGUCCUCGUACUCGACUCUGGGAUCCCGCUUGACGGCAUAUGUCGCGUCGGUUCCACCAUCGCAGUCGGUUUUGCCACCACCGCCUGUGGUGGGCUCCAAUUCGUCGGUCGCGUCCGUGGCAGAACGGUAUGGAGCGAACGACGAGUCCUUGCGGCCGUGCUGUAUCUCACCGGUCGGUCCGCCAUCCGGGAAUGGAACCGGAAGUUGUGAUCGGUUCGUGGCCAACUCAGCUCCAAACUCCAUCAUGUAUCCGGAGACGCGCAAUGGACCUCAUCAUCGUUCCAUGUCGCCAGGAUCGAGGACACGCUAUCCCGUUCCGGAGCGAUUCCGUGAUCCACCGGUGUCAGCGCCACCGCAGCAAACCACCCAACCUAAGGUGGACCAGUUUGGGAACUAUCUAAUCGGUGGUGCGCCGUUGAUCGCAAGCUCCGAGAGCUAUAAUUAUCUGACAUCGACCGUUCAUACACCCGUCAAACGGUACAUUCCAACGCCACCACCGCCAGAAAACUUUCAACACGAUGGUCCUGGUGGACUUGGAGCGAGCCUAAUGGCAGGUUUAAUGGCAUCGGGUGGUGGCAUUAACAUCAUCAACCAUCCUCAAGCUAGUGGUGGUGCUGGAAAUGGCACUGGGACACUUCUAAAAACACUACCCUACCGUUUGAAAGUCCCAAAACCCGACGAAGAUGCAGCAGAUCACUACGCCACACCGCCAAGAGCGCGCCCAGUGGCCAGUGGCAAAUGUCAGCAGCCUAUCUGCACCUUCACACAAACAGGCACGCUCGGUCGAGCGUCCUUACAACCGGAAUACGCGAUGCUAAGAGCGACCACACCGGUCAGCAUCAUGAGCGAACCACUCGUGCUCGCGUCGGACGAAGAACAGUGCUACCAAUGCAACAGCUUGCGACAAGCCACCGGUGUUCAUCAGACAACGCAGACUUCCGGACCGAUCAGUCCGCAACCACUCUCGAUCUCAUCCGUGUCGGUGUCCGACAUGGAACGCCCAUCACCACUCAGCCCACCGUCACUAGUGUCGCACGCUUCGUACGCUCACCAUCAUCAUCAUCACCAUCACCAUCAUCAGCAUCAUCCGCAGCAGCAGCAGCAGCAACAGCAACAUUAUGGGGAUGAUGGAAGAAACGCUCAGCAAUCGCUCAUCAUCGCGCAAUCGCACACGCUGAACGGUUCGUGCAGCAACCCGUCGAUCAUCAUCCAGUACCAGCAUCAGCAGCACAUUCAGGCGCAUCAACAAAUCCAGCAGCAACCGCUCUACCAGCAGCUGCAGCAGUUGCAACAACAGCACGCCCAACAACAGCAGCAGCAGCAACAGCAGCUCCAGUUGCAACACCAACAGGCGCAGCAACAGGUUCAGCAACAGGCUCAACAAGCUCAACAAGCUCAGCAGGUACAGCAGCAGCAGCAGCAGCAGCAGCAGCAACACAUGCACGUUCCACGCAUUCAGCCUGACUCAACACCGUCAACAUUGCAGCGAAACGUACAAGCGAUUCGACAGCAGCGAUUAACGCACAAACAACGCAUCAAGGAGUACCUGCGCCGAAGUACGGCUCAGUUCUUUGGGGUAGAGCAAGCGCACGAGGAAUACGAGCAGCAGAAGUGGGAAGAUCGCCAAAAGCGGUUCGCUCUGCGUCGAUUCGGUUCACUAAAGGACGAAACACCCCACGAGCCAGCUGGUGCGGAUGUGUUGCACGAUCACCUAACCCACAGUGACCGACCGGAUGUGCUUCCGGCUCAAAGCCAGGACGAACCCGAGACGGAGCAAAACCGCCGGCAACGCUUCAACCCGUACUACUGGCACGAGGGUAGCGAAGAGUUCCUGGUCGAACGGAAACCAUCCGUAUCGCGGAUGAUGCUGAGCGGGAUCGUGUUUGUGGUGCAGAGUCUGCGCAACAGGAUCCCGCGUCGGGCGAAACAGUGGUCGCGUAGUUUCGCACCAGCGCACGUUGCGCUGAACAGCGACGAUAACGACAUCUACGAUGGGUUAACCCCGGUGCAGGAAGACGAGACGUUCUUCGACGUGCCAGGUGGGAGUAGUCCAAAUGCGGGCCCAGGACCUCCGGUUCAGGAGCAAGAUCUUGGAGGUGGACCAGCCGUUCAGGACAACUCGCACCAGAUCUACAUGCUCGAGACAGAUCGGGCUCUCGUGACGAAUGGCUGGCGAACGCGAACGGCAGAAGAACAACUGCACCUGCAGGAUCCUUCGGCUCGUGGUGGACGUGGAAGUGCGCUGUUUCAGUUCUUCUACGGCCAGCGUAUACCGGGCUCAAUUCUGGAGAGUGUGCUGGAUAACUCGCGCCGACCGGCGUCCCGGAACUGCGUCAAAUUGUUGCGCCCAAAUGCGCUGGACGAUCGGUACGAUUAUCGGCCGUUUUUCACGUACUGGAUCAACACGACGCAGAUUUUUGUGCUGUUGCUGACGUUGCUGUGCUAUGGUGUUGGCCCGAUUGGGAUCGGAUUCGAGCAGAAAAGCAGCCAGGUGCUGGUGACGAGCUUGAGCCUGCAAACGGUGCAACAUUAUGAGCCACGGAAUAUAUGGAUUGGGCCACGACGGGAUGACCUGGUGCAUUUGGGAUCGAAGUAUGCACCGUGCAUGCGCAGGGACGGCAGGAUCAUGGAUCUCAUAUCGAAGACGAGAAAGCAGGAGCGUGAGACGGCGUGCUGCAUACGAAACGACGAUUCUGGAUGUGUGCAGAGUUCGCAAGCUGACUGCUCUGUCCGUGGACUAUGGCCCACGACCAUAUCGACGUGGAAGAAGUGGUCCCCUGGCGAUUCCGGUCCCGGUGGUCGCAUCUCAGGCAGCGUGUGCGGUCUCGACCCAAAGUACUGCGACGCUCCAGCCUCGAUCGCACCGCACGAGUGGCCGGACGACAUCACCAAGUGGCCUAUCUGCCGGAAAAACAAUCAGUUUACGCAACGCUUUCGCUUUAAGGAUCACACUGCCGAGCACAUGGUCUGCGAGGUGAUUGGCCAUCCGUGCUGCAUGGGAAUAUCGGGCGAGUGCCGGAUCACGACCCGCGAGUACUGCGACUUUGUGCGGGGCUACUUCCACGAUGAAGCCUCCUUGUGUUCACAGGUUUCCUGCUUGAACGAUGUGUGCGGAAUGUUCCCGUUCAUCGUGACGGAUCUACCCGAUCAGUUCUAUCGACUGUUCACGUCCCUCUACAUCCACGCCGGUAUCGUUCAUCUCAUAAUCACUGUUGCCUUUCAACACAUUCUCCUCGCGGAUCUGGAGCGUCUGUUGGGAUCCCUGCGAACGGCGAUAGUUUACAUCGGCUCGGGUAUCGUUGGCAAUCUGACCAGCGCCAUCUUCAUGCCGUACAAGGCGGAGGUCGGCCCCUUACCGUCACUUGCUGGCACGCUUUCAUCGCUGCUAGUGCUGCUCAUCCUGUGCCACUGGCGGAACCUAAAGAAGCCACAGUACGCCAUGCUGAAGAUGCUGUUCCUUGGCUGUCUGCUGUUCGGCAUGGGGACGCUUCCGUGGCAGCACAACUUUACCGGUCUGAUAUCGGGGCUGCUGUUUGGUACCACGUUCACCCUAGCGCUUACCCCGUACCUCAGCUUCACCACCAAGUACAGCAGAAAGGGCAAGAUCAAGCUCGUGUGGAGUUGCUUUGCGUUGCAUUUCCUGCUGUACGCGCUGUUCUUUCUCGUGUUCUACCUGUUCCCGACCAUCUUCUCGCUCAGCUUCCUCGACGGUAACCAGAUCGCGAGUAUCAACGACAACAACGGCCUGCACGAUCACUUCAACCCGUACGACACGUUCAACUACUUUAACGGCAAGAACUCCGCCGACGGUGGUGGUGGUGGCUCGACUCAUGGUGGCAUGCUGCCCGGUGAGGGUGGCCGUGGUGGUGGUGACGUUGGUGGGGGUGGUGGAAGGAUCAAGGACUACGAUCGUGGCGGUGGAACGCGAUACGGUGGGAAUGGUGGCGGUGGUGGUGGUGGUGGUGGUGGUGGAGGCGGUGGAGCCAUCAGCAUGUCCGGCGGCACGAUCAAGGCGAUUAAUCCCAAAUACAAUAAUAUAAAUAGUAACGGUAAUCUAAACGCUAAAUCCAAUAUGCAUAGUUAUAAGAUGGUAGCUAUAUGUGAGAAGGGGCAGUGCAAUCCGCGCCCGAACGCAUGACGUCGAUGUGUUUUACGCUGGGUUAGGACUACAUCAAUGCGAUUGAUUUACAUUUUAUUCAUCCUUAUCACACUUAUAGUACCGUUGCUCGAUAGCGAACAUGUACCGUUAUACUCCACGUACCGCGCGAAGCGGUGAAAAUCGAUGCAGGAUACAGUCUAGGACGAAACACCCAAGUCUAGGAAAAUUCAGCUGCGCCAGGCAGGGUGGCAGAACUUGUCGCUUCUGUCGCGUACGUUCCGGUCAGUGGAUCCGGUUGCCGUGUUGCGUGUGGGACCGGUGACGCUGACCUAAUCUAAGUAAAACAAACACAAAAAAAACCAACGUAACGAAAAUUGAGUAAAAUAUAUUAUGAAAAACGUGUAUGGUGAUUCAU